AAAAAAAAAAAAAAACUUUUAUCUAGACUGACUCUACUACUGCGUCUUUAUUAGGGAGUGGAAAAGAGAAAACCUCUGCUGAAACAGAAUUGCCGCGUAAGAUAACAAAACAUAUGUUCCUCGUGUAACUAUAUAAUGUUAUGACUCUGUCACAUUUCCAGCAACUUUUAUGUUUUAAAUUUAUUUUUAUCUAUUAAUACUUAUUAAUGUUUUGCACGCGUGUAUAACCUCAUAUAUAUAAUUGUACACGCGUUAAUUAAUUUUAUUUACGUUAAUAAUUAGUUAUCAAUCUUCAGUGUAAACUAUGUAAUUUCCUGUAUAUACCCGGUAAUACUUAGUGGCACCGGGAUAUGCCAUAUGGCAUAUUGAUCAAUAAAUAUCUGUAUCUGUUCCUUGGUCCUACCGGUCCUAUUUACGUAAUAAGUCACCGAUAUAUUGACUUUAGCUCGACAGCUGGUUUCCGUUUCGGGGAGGUGUAGUCCUGGCCUUUCAGAUUAUUUAUAGCUCGCUCGAGCUGUGUCCCUAUAUUCAACAUAAGAAUGGAGAAUGUAACCAGCACGAUUCACCUGGAAAUGGGCAACAUUUCACAGCCUGAGGUUUACAGUAUACCACCUUGGUCAACUCUUGCGAUAAAUGUUGACCUUAGCUUAAAGCAGUUUCUUAAGGAAUCCACUCCAGACUAUGUCUACAUACAGCACUUUGCAGAAAUUCAACACCAUGACAGGACUUUAAUUCCUAUUUAUACUGAUGGUUCUAAAUCGGAUGAUUAUGUUGGCUCAGCCUUUGUCUGCCAGGAUGAAAUCAUGUCAGAACAAAUUGCACUGAAUUCAUUUAUCUUUACUGCAGAGCUGCAGGCUAUUCACCUAGCCUUAAAGUAUGUAAUCAGAAAAGGUCAAUGUUGCUGUGUUAUUUACACUGACUCAGUUAGUGCACUUCAGGCUUUGAUCUUGUGUGAACCUAGUUUUCACUCUAUAGUGAUUAAAAUCCAUAAACUGUUUUGCCAUCUUUGUGCGAGUAAUAUUUUUGUAAAAUUUUGUUGGGUCCCAGGCCAUGUAGGUAUAAGAGGAAAUGUAGAAGCUGAUGCAGCUGCAAAGUCAGAAAGUCCUUCUCAGCAUACAAUGUUUAUUGAAGGAGAUGAUUUGAAGCUAGUCAUUAAAAAACGACUAACGGAAAGAUGGCAAAAUGUGUGGAAUACACAAAUCCACAAUAAACUACAUGAGAUCAAAUCAAUGAUAGAAAAUUGGACACACAUGAAAUUCUAUGAUAGGAGAUGUGAAGUUGUUAUUACUCAUUUGAGAAUUGGACAUACUCGGUUGACUCAUCAAUACCUUUUGAAGGGUGAUGACCAGCCAGUAUGCCAGUAUUGCAACUGUCCUCUUACUAUAAAACACAUACUGCUCGAUUACUCUGCCUUUGAGACCAAGCGUAGACAGUAUUUUGGGACAGGGUGUUUGAUAGAGAUACUGGGCCAGAGGCUCAAUCUUUAUAAUGUAUUGGACUUUUAAAAAGUCACUAAUUUGUAUAAAGAAAUUUAACUAUUUAUUUAUUUUUCACUCUUUCGUGUGGUGGUGUUUGUUUUUAUUACUGCAGAGCUGUAGGCUAUUUAUCUAGCCUUAAAGUAUGUAAUCAGUAAAGAGCAUCGUUGCUGCAUGAUAUACACUGACUCAGUUAGUGCACUUCAGGCUUUGAUCUCGUGUGAACUAGUUCUCAUUCCAUAGUGAUUAAAAUUCAUAAUUUGAUUCGCCAUCUUCUUGCUAGGAAUCUCUCUCUAUAAAAUAUUGUUUGGUCCUGGGCCACGUUGGUAUAAGAGGAAAUGAAGAUGGUGACGCAGCUGCAAAGGUAGCUAGUCCUUCACAGCAUGCAAUGCCUAUUGAAGGAGGUGAUUUGAAGCUAGUAGUUAAAAAAAACAACUAGCAGAGAGAUGGCAAAACAUGUGGAAUGCACAAAUCCACAAUAAACUAUACGAGAUCAAACUGAUGAUAGAAAAUUGGGCACGUAAUAAACAGCAUGACAGGAGAUCUGAAGUUAUUCUUACUCAGUUGAGAAUUGGGCAUACUCGGUUGACUCAUUAAUACCUUUUGAAGGGUGAUGACCAACCAGUAUGCCAGCCAAUAUUGUAACUGUACUACAAGUGUUAAACACAUUCUGUGCUACUGUAUUGCCUCUGAGAGGAUUUGUAGAGAGCAUUUUGGAAAUGCAAGUUUUAAAGACAUUCUGGGCCAGAGGCCAAAUCUUGAUAAAUUAUUGAACUUUCUGAAAGUCACUAAUAAUUAAACAAAUUUGAUUACACAGGUCAACAAAAAAAAAGUUUUUUUUUGUUCAGUUCUAAAAUCAGUUCUAAAAUCCUAGGCCCAAAAAAAAAGUUUUUUUUUGUGCCUAGGAUUUUAGAACCGAUUUUCGCUAUAUUUGGGUCGCUGAAUCCAAAUAUGAAAUCAGUUUUUCUCUAUCAGCUUUACUUUUUUAGAUCUGUUUUUUUUUUAACAUACAGUGCUACUUGAAAUGUGCAGCUCUAAUUCCAGUUUGUACAGUUCUAAUAUAUUCCAGUUUGUACAGUUCAUAUGCAAGAAUUGAUUCUUGUAUAUUUCCCCCCUCGAUGUGGGUUCCUAUCCGUGGUGAGGGGCCCUCCCAGAGAUGGUUUAGUAACUUUUCUUUACCAUCCCUGGGAUCUGAACGCUCAUCCAUGUGUUUGCCGUGCGUGGUAUCCUGUAUGCCAGAAAGGGGGAUCCUGGUAGUUGAGGGGCAACAUAACGUCCCCAACACACUGCUUUGACCCCUGCUUUGGAUAAAUAGGAGGCUGAAAUCAGGCUCCAUUUGAGUCAAUCGGCUGGUUGUUGUGACAGUUUUGACCUUGGCUUUGAGUCAACUGAUCAAUGCAGACCGGGCGGACAUGUCAGACAAAAUGUGCUUUUCUUGACUGCAUUGUGAGGGUACAGCUCCUGGGAAACCCUGGUGUGACGGUCUAUGGGAAUCUCUCAUGUGACUGCAUUCCCUUGUUGGGCUCCAUGGUGGGUGGGGUCACUAGGAGCUGAAUAUUCAAAUAUACAAUAUGGAUCCUAAACCAACCAAAACAUAAGUGUACAGAUACAAUAACAUCAAAAAACAAAAGUUUAUCCAACCAUCCAACUUACCUUAUAGCUCAUGCAGUCAGUGAAACACCUCUUUCUAACCAUUCUCUUUUCCUAAUACAAAAAUUAUUUCAAUCAACCGUUGGGAAUUUGAAAAAAAUUCAAAAGUUGAGGUCAGGAGACCUGCUUUUAGAAACAACCUCACCUCAACAAUUGGCAAAACUUUUGUCAAGACUUUGGGAGAUAUAGAAGUCACUAUAACACCACACACGAGUUUAAACUCAUCAUGUGGUGUGAUAUCGGAGGCAGAUUUGAUGACUGAAAAUGAAUCAGAUAUCCAGAUAGGCCUUUCAGAACGAGGUGUUACUGCAUCAGAUGCAUUUCUAUCUGGCGCGAUGGCAAGGUGAUACCUACAAAACAUCUUAUUUUCACGUUCAACAAGCCAACAUUGCCAUCUUCUGUUGCAGCAGGAUAUCUCCGUUGCCCAGUUCGCCCGUACAUUCCAAACCCGCUGCGUUGCUUUAAAUGCCAGCGGUUUGGACAUUCACAAACAUCUUGCCGUGGGAAAAGUGCAUGCGCUCAGUGUGGAAAAGAAGAUUAUGAGAGUACUGAGUGUACAACUAUUCCAUGCUGCGUCAACUGCAAAGACACCCAUCCUGUCUACUCUCGGAAAUGCCUUGCAUGGCACAGAGAGAUUCAGCAGGUAAAAACUGUAAACAAUUUAUCUUACCCAGAGGCUUGGCACAUGGUCACCUCAAGAGCUCUUUUGAAAGAAAAGACAUUUGCAGCUGCUGUGAAGUCUACAAAGAAGCUUGGGUUCAAACUGAUAUUUGUUUUCCCAAAGGAAUCUUACUCGCCAUGCGAAAUGUUUAAUACUCCCAUCACUAGAAACACCAGAAAAGGAGAGUACAAGAGUAAAAACACCACUACCUAAAACAGGGGUAAUAACGAGAAACCUGGGUUCUGAAAAGGCUAACAAGAACCCAGUAAACAGACUGAAAGCAGCUCUCUCUAAAUGUAAAAAAAUCAGAAGCUCACUCCGAGUGACUUUUCUGAUAUCUCUGAUGAAGAGACUAAUAUGCAGGUCACAAAACCAACGUCAUCUCCAAAAGAAAAACCCCCUGUCAAAUUAAAGAGGUGUAAAGUACUAUAUUAAUUUUCCGACUUUCCAACGAUUAUCGACACUACUGUGUGCCGGAAAUAGCCGUUCCCUAACGGGUACUUUACGCGGAUUCGCGUUAGUGUGCCAGGCCUG